AUGGCCUCCAACCCUCCCGGAAAGUGCUGCACUGUCGGCGUCAAGCACGAAGGCACCCCUCAGGGCAAGAAGAUCUCCGUCGCCGGCAAGUAUGAGGGUUACCUCGCCGAGGCCCCCGCCGACAAGGCGCACAAGAACACCGGUAUCCUCUUCGUUGCCGACGUCUUCGGCAUCUGGAACAACAGCCAGCUCGUCGCCGACCAGUUCGCCGCCAACGGCUACACCACCCUGAUCGUCGACCUGUUCCACGGCGACCAAUUGUCCCUCCCCAUGCCCGAAGGAUUCGACAUCAUGAAGUGGUUCGCCGAGGGCAGCGACGGCAAGCACCCCCACGGCAAGGAGAGCGUCGACCCCAUCAUCGUCGACUCUAUCAACUACCUCAAGAAGGAGCACAACAUCACCAACCUCGGUGCCGUCGGCUACUGCUUUGGCGCCAAAUACGUCGUCCGCCACUACAAGGACGGCAUCAAGGUCGGCUUCACUGCCCACCCCAGCUUCGUCGACGACGAGGAGCUCGCUGCCAUCUCUGGCCCCCUCUCCAUCGCCGCCGCCGAGACCGACAGCAUCUUCCCUGCCCCUCUGCGUCACAGGUCCGAGGAGAUUCUGCAAAAGACCGGACAGCCUUACCAGAUCAACCUCUACUCUGGCGUCGAGCAUGGCUUCGCUGUGCGUUGCGACAUUAGCAAAAAGGUUCAGAAGUAUGCCAAGGAGCAGGCUUUCUACCAGGCUAUUUCUUGGUUCGACGAGCACCUUUUGUGA